AUGAGGCGCUUUGCGAGUGUCUUUACGCGCAACAAGGACAAGGAGGCUCCCAAAGCCGACCUCAAACGCAGUCAUACAGUCCUUACCCCAAUUCCUACAACUCCAGUUCUCAGCUUCGGCAGUGAACCCGCUUCUUCCACCUCAUCUAAUGGCUCUGCCAGUAUCCAAACACCAGAACCAGAAGAGGAACCAGAUUUACUUUCUCGUACCCCUACCAAGAAGUGGUCGACAUGGCUUGGAAAAAAGGGAACGAUCAAACGUGCUCGCCCGCCAAUUCCAGACGAUGUCCCACAAUGGCGACCUCCCCAACUCCAACCACCGCCAGCCCCCAAAUCCCAGCCACCCCCUCCACCUCGAAUUGUCACCGACCUUGACUCUGAUGAAGACGCCUCUGACUCCGAACAUGAAGAUGAGGACGACCCCGCCCCGAUGCCGAAUCUAGAAAAAGCCAAGACCUAUAUCCAGAACAGCCUAACUCCUCCAGUAUGGGCUUCCUCGCCUUUUGCUUGCCCAGUCAACAGUCUAUUGUAUCCGCGGUCGUCCAACUCUCCUCAGCUCCUCCUACCUACGAGUAGUAUGCAGACGAUCAUGCAUAAAAGGCUCUUACUCCGGCGCCUAGGCGACACCGACACCGGCCAAUCAACGCCUUCAAACUUGUUGUUACCUUUUACCUCCCAUCCCCGACCAACCCUUCUCGAUUCUUCCCCCUCCCUCCCCUGGUAUCACAUCCGCGCACAUUCAGCAACUCUCAACAUCACUCCAACCAGCCCCGGUUUGCGUCGCUGGAUGUCCCGCCCUUGUUUUGAAGAGCGAUUCGUUGUUUGGGUUCCAGUGGAUGGUGGCUUCGCUUCAUGCCCGGUACAAGGCUCGUCGGCUGCGGUCGCUGAACUUGAAUUUUCCCCUUCCGUCGAAGCUAUGAUAGGGUUCACUGGCCAAGAAGAACUGUCGACUGUCGCCCCUGCGAUUUCAAACAACGUAGUCGCUCCCUCACCUCUUCGCAACUCGGCUCUCAAGUCAGCGUCGCCGGUAGAUCCAACUCCGAAUCCAAAUCCGGACCCGCCUGUACUCGCUCCGACAACCUCGCGAGUGCGCUUCGCAGAGGACGAUAAAGAUGAUGUGAUCCCACUCGGUUAUGCCCUUCGUUCCAAAAAACGACGUGAAGAAAAGGCAAAAUUCUUGCGUGAAGAACAAGAGCGCCGUGCCUUCGAGCUAGAAAAGGCUAGACACGAGGAGGAGCGGAGACGGAGAGAAUCGGAAAGGAGACAAUGGGAAGAGGAAAAACGAGCAUGGGAGAAAGAAAAGAAGGCUAUCGAAGACGAACGCAGACAAAGGAUUUAUGCCGAAGAAGUUAUUGCUGCUCGAGCCAGAAGGGAGCACCAACGAGCUGGUGGAAGCUAUGGUGUUGGCAAUUCCUUGCUAGCGUCUAGUUCCACAGCUUCCUUGCGCGACGAUCGCCACAAGUCUGACUCGACUUUCCAUUCUCGACCUUUACACGACAGACGUCGUCAAGCUUCAGAACCAGCAGUACCCCAACAUGGAAGCACUUCCAGCUCUCCACACACAUCAUCUCCUUCCAGUUCGCGGCCUCCCAGCCUUCAUCAAGCGGGGAGUUUUGGCCGAAAUUCCUCUAGACCAGCAUCAGUUCACUCAUCAUCAGAGGAAUCCAAACCGCAGCACAAUGCUAACGCUGCUAAGCGCAGUUCAAUGGCUUCGUUACCUAGCAGAAAUCCGCCCUCUGACCGGUCGUCCAUGUACUCUUUGUGGUCGACAAGUAACCCUUCGUUGAUGCCGCCGGUUCCUCCAAUGCCGAUGUAUGCCCUAGACAUGCCAUUACUCCCUCCCACGCCUCCGUUCAUGCUCCACCAAUAUCCUCGACCACGGUCACAGGAGUCACGAGAUUCUUCACCUGGUCGCUCUUCUCUUUCCGGCUCGCCCUCCAGACAACAUCUUCCGAGCAAUAAUUCGAGUUCGGAUCGGGUUAACCUCCAGCCCCCUCAAUCAUCCUCUCGCAGAGCGUCGAAUUCAUCUUCCACCUCGCGGCGACCAGACAUGGCGCACCAAAGACGUAGCAGCGAUGAUGCGAAACAUGCUAAUUUGGCGCCUCACAAAGACCCAUUCAAGAAGUCGGUUAACCGCGCGGGGACGACACUGCUGCAGAAGACCGGCCAAAUCGAGCGGACAAUCGACCGAGAGUUUGCAGACGAGGAAGCAAAGUACAAAACAUUCGAGAAGGAAUGUCAGGCGCUGCAGAAGGACAGCAAGAGCUACUGGGAUGCAAUGCGAGCGAUGACGGCGGCACAGACGCGCAUAGCGGAGACGCUCGAGACCUUUUACGGCUCUUCUGACCGGACCUCCGAUGGGGCAAUGGCGGGCCACGCUUACAAGCGGUCGGUCGACGAUUUGGACGGUGGCUUCGGGAGAGAACUGGACGGCCCAUACCGAACGACCAUCUCCGAGCCGCUGGGCAAGAUGUGCGCCUACUUCCCUGUUGUUAACGACCACAUCGCCAAACGCAACAAGAAGCUCCUGGACUACGACUCGGCACGGAGUAAAAUGCGGAAACUCGUCGACAAGCCCAGCGAAGACUCAACGAAGCUGCCCAAGGCCCAGCAAGAGCACGACGAAGCAAAGGAGGUUUUCGACAUGCUGAACGACCAAUUGGUCGCGGAGCUGCCCCAACUGCUGGAUUUACGAGUACCCUACUUCGACCCGAGCUUCGAGGCGAUGAUUCGCAUGCAGUCCAAAUUCGCAGAGGAAGGUUACGAGAAAUUGAGUGGUGUUCAACGGUAUUUCGCCGAUUCGAUUCGUGACGACUACGCCGCUGGGCAACUGGACGCCCAAGUAGAAAGUGUACUGCAGGAAAUGCGAGAGCUUUCCAUUUGUGGCGCCAAUUGA